AUGCAGCUGGAGCACUGCCUGUCGCCCCCGUCGGUGAUGCUCUCCAAGAAAUUCCUCCAUGUGAGCGGCGGCGGCGGCGGCGGCGGCGGAGGCGCGUACCCUCCCGCGGCGGGCGGCUCGGAGCUGGCCCUGCACGAGCAUCAUCACCACCAUCACCAUCACCACCACCACCCCGCCGCAGCCGUCCUCGCGGCGGCGGCGGCUGACAACCUGGAGAGAAGUUCACCUCUGAAAAAACUCGCCAGGGGGGGGAUGACGAAUCAGGCCGAGGCGGACGAUUUCCCUGACUCCAAGGACCCGCCAGGGGACCAGCAGCGCGGCAAACUCUCGCCCGUCGUCUUGGACGGCGGCGGCGGCCACGAGCAGCUCCGUCCCGCCUUCGAUGGAGCGGCCGCCGCGGCCGCAGCAGCAGCAGCAGCAGCGGCGGCGGCCGAUCGCUACCUGCUCUCGCCGGCGGCCGCCUCUUCGUCCUCGUCGUCCUCCUCGUCCUCCAUGUUCCCCUACCCGGGCCAGCACAACCCGGCGGCCGCCUUCUCCAUCGCCAGCCCCGGCCGCUACAUGGCGCACCACCCGGUGCUGGCCAACGGAGCCUACAACAGCCUGCUCUCCAACUCGGCGCCCCAGGGCUACCCGGCCGCCGGCUACCCCUACCCGCAGCAGUACGGCCACUCGUACCAGGGCGCGCCUUUCUACCAGUUUCCCUCCGCCCAAGCCGGCCUGGUCCCCGGCAAGGCGCAGGUCUACCUAUGCAACAGGCCGCUCUGGCUGAAGUUCCACCGGCACCAGACCGAGAUGAUCAUUACCAAGCAAGGCAGGCGAAUGUUCCCUUUCCUGAGUUUUAAUAUCUCGGGUCUGGAUCCUACGGCUCAUUACAACAUUUUCGUGGACGUCAUCUUGGCCGACCCGAACCACUGGCGAUUUCAAGGAGGCAAGUGGGUCCCUUGCGGCAAGGCGGACACCAACGUGCAAGGGAACCGAGUCUACAUGCACCCAGACUCGCCCAACACCGGAGCCCACUGGAUGCGCCAGGAAAUCUCCUUCGGCAAGCUGAAGCUGACCAACAACAAGGGGGCCUCCAACAACAACGGGCAGAUGGUGGUCUUGCAGUCCCUCCACAAAUACCAGCCUCGCUUGCACGUGGUGGAGGUGAACGAGGACGGCACCGAGGACACCAGCCAGCCCGGAAGGGUGCAGACCUUCACCUUCCCGGAGACCCAGUUCAUCGCCGUCACCGCCUACCAGAACACCGAUAUCACACAGCUGAAGAUAGAUCACAACCCCUUCGCAAAAGGCUUUCGAGACAACUAUGACACGAUCUACACGGGCUGCGACAUGGACCGCCUGACGCCCUCGCCCAACGACUCGCCCCGCUCGCAGAUCGUGCCGGGCGCCCGCUACGCCAUGGCCGCGGCGGGCUCCUUCCUGCCGGACCAGUUCGUCAGCAACUACGCCAAGUCGCGCGGCUUCCACCACCACCACCACCACCCGGGCGCCGGGGCCGGCGCGGGCGUGGGGCCGGGCGGGCCCGGGCCGGAGCGGGGCGUGCCGCACCCCAACGGCCUCCUGUCGCCGCAGCAAGCCGAGGAGCCGGGCGCGCCGUCGCCCCAGCGCUGGUUCGUCACUCCGGCCAACAACCGGCUGGACUUCGCCGCCGCCGCCUCGGCCUACGACCCCGCCGGGGAGCUGGCGGGCAACGCGGCCACCCUGCUGUCGUACGCGGCGGCCGGCGUCAAGGCGCUCCCGCUGCAGGCGGCCGGCUGCACGGCGCGCCCGCUGGGCUACUACCCGGACCCGUCGGGCUGGGGCGCCCGCAGCCCGCCCCAGUACUGCGCCAAGUCGCUCUCCUGCUGGCCCAACGGCGGCGGCGGCGCGGGCGGCGGGGCUGGCGGCGGGCGGGCCGGAGGCCACCCCUACUUGCCGGUGGGCGCGGGCGGCGGCGAGGAGGCGGACAGCCUGUCGGGCCCCGAGCGCUCGCCCCUGGUGGCGCCGCCGCCCCCGCCGCCCGCCGGCCCGCCACCCGAGGACUCCAAGCCGCCCAAGGACUUGUCCGACUCCAGCUGGAUCGAGACGCCCUCCUCCAUCAAGUCCAUCGACUCCACCGACUCUGGGAUUUACGAGCAGGCCAAGCGCCGGCGGCUCUCCCCGGCCGGCACUCCGGCCUCCGAGAGCUCCUCGCCGCUCAAGAGCGAGCCCCCGCUGGCGCCCCGGGACUGCGACAAGCCCUGCGCCAAGGACAUCGCUUACUACGGCUUCUACUCGCACAGCUAG